ACAAAAACAAGCACUGGGACUGUAGCAGGAGGAGCAGUGUGCUGGUGCAUAUCUAGCACAGGCUCUUCGUCCAUUUUAAACCAUUUGUGUAUGAUUUUAAUAUCUUUUUUUUUUUUUUUUUUUUUAAAGUUUUUUAUCUUUAGAGAAAAAGCAAAGUAGCGCACCAUGUUGUCGCUUCGUUCAGGCAGUAAGCUCUUGAGAAUGUUGUUCUCCAUGCACGCUGUUUUGGCCAUGGUGGAGAGCAGCGCCGCAGACGGGAGUGAAAAGGACUGCAUGAGAUCUAAUGGUGUGGACUAUAGAGGGGAGCAGCAGGGCUCCUCCUCGGGUCUGACCUGUCUGAACUGGACCAACACCACUAGGGACUUCGAUGUUAAACUCCAUCCUGAUUCACAGACAGGUGUGGGAGAUCACAAUUACUGCCGAAACCCAGACUCCUCUGAGAGGCCUUGGUGCUACAUUGCUGCCCCGGAUGGGGCGGUCCAGAGACAAUUCUGUGCAGUUGACACAUGCAAAGAAGAAGCCUCUAUUGAACCAGCAGUGGCCGAAACCCUCAAGCCAACAGGAACCAUUCCCUCCACUGAGAGCUUUCAACCGGCCAAGGCGGGGGCCUCUCAGGGAGGAGUUGCUGCUGCACAGCCAGUGAUGGGAAUCAGCCAGCGAGUUCGCACAGGACCCAAAGCGAAAAAGGACCUUGGCACGCUCGGCUACGUCAUCGGCAUCCUCAUGAUGGCGAUUAUAAUCAUCCUUGGAGUAGGCAUCACAUUCGGCUACUUCUAUAAGAGGGCUCGGGACUUAAAGAAGCAGCAUGAGCAGCGAGUGUACGAGCGCGAGAUGCAGAGGAUCACGCUGCCCCUGUCGGCUUUCUCCAACCCCACCUGUGAGCUGGUGGAUGAGAACACCAUCGUGAUCACAGCAGAGCACGAGAUGACCCCCGUCUUGGAUGGCGUGGAGGGCGGGGACCCUCUCAUGGGCCAGCAAGCCGUUACCCCCGGAGCGUGAGAAGGCGUGUAGUCCUCAGACGCAGGACUGUGUUACAUUUUUGUGGACCAAAGCACUUCUUUACAUCUUGGUUUCUCCCUUCUGCCUCCCUGAGUAACCUCUGUUUUAAAAGGAGUAAGGGAGCAGUGAUCGCUCCAAAGACUGAAUGCUGUGUCUUUUGUAUCCCCUCUUCAUUAGAUUUUAUACAUCGGAGGCACAAACAGAAUAAGCCGUGGACACAAUCGGAACAACUCGAAACCUUUGUGGUGAAUCGGUUGUUAAUGAAGAUAUGACAUGAAGUCUUUAAUAAUCACUUUUGCUACAUUUGAUAGCAAAGAAAAUAAGGUCAUGCGCUGUCCCCUUAAAUAACAGAAUGAAUAUCUAGUCUAAUGGACUUGCCAGUGUUUAUAUUGGUGUUUAAUGAAACCAAUUCUUUAUGAAGAGGUAGUGUUUGGAAUGGGGGUUCAUAGCUUUUGGUUUUUUAGUAUGUUUCCAUGUGGAGACAGUGCUCUCCACAUGAGGUUUCACUUGUAUUGACCUGUUGGCUGUGCCGAGGGAGACACAGAUAAGAAACUUGUAUGUAAAAAAGACUGCUUUGUCUUGGAGACACGCUGGCGACACAGAUGUGUCCAAAAAUAUCCUCCUCUGAGACAGGGUGAGGGAAAAUGAGGUAAAACCGGCCCACUAAAGACAAAGGAGGCCUCCAAGUCUGCCUUAGCAUGAUACUUCUGAAUGUAUUUGUUCAUUUUAACCUGGAUGAAUUGUUUUUUCUCUUUGUACUCGACUGACAGACUUAUGUAGUUACAAAGCAUGACGGGCGGUCAGGUCAUCAGCAGACUUGAUAGAGGACUUGCCCUUUUUCUUCCACAGGUUAAGGAGUGACAGGAAAUAUACAGAGUGCUCUCAGGAAGCAUGAGAGACAGUAGAUCGUCCUCAGGACGACACUGGACAGAAAAAAAGUCAAGAAAAGGUCCGUUUUAGCAGAGCAGGACAGCGAGUGAGUUGAGGGGGAGCCAGGUGAUUAGAUUCAGAUAGUUGAGUUUUGCACUUGACGCUUCAGGAUAGAGAGAUCGAUGAAGAAGAAUAGAAACGGUCCAAAGUUUUCUGUUAAUUCAAAAACAUCAGUGCAUGCACAUGGUUACCUGCUGUAUGUUUGUAUUCAGGGGCCAUAUUUAUGCAUCCUACAAAGUAGAACUACUGAUUGAAGAAGACAUUUAAGAAAAUACCUGCCUGGUGAUAAAUAUAGUCAUACACAGAAGAUUUUGCUACACAUGAUGCACCGUGACUUCCUAGUGUGUUGCCAGUUUGUUUGUUAUCACUCCGUCACUCCACAUGAUCUAGUUUUGUGAUUAUUGCUGGAACCGCAUCACUGGUAAUCUUUGGUUACUGCUGCUCCAUUAUUUUAAGUGUCUGUGUGCUGAAUGUCAUUUCUUUUAUUUCUUCAUAUAAGCAACAUGUUCAAAAUACUGUUGUUCAGCAUUUGACUUUAGUACUUGUAUGAAUGCAGAUUUUCACUGCUGAGACUGAAAUAAAACAUC